GGUCCUUUGCCCUGAGACUGCUUAGGUCUGAAGCGCUGGAGCUGCGGUUGGGCCUACUGCGGGGUUGUCCAUCAUCGUCAUGUCUCUGCGGAAAGUGGUUCUGGUCACUGGGGCGAGCAGUGGUGUUGGCCUCGCUCUCUGCAAGCGGCUGCUGGAGGAAAACGACGAACUUCACUUAUGCUUGGCAUGCAGGAACAUAAGCAAAGCAGAGGCUGUCCAAGCCUCUUUGUUGGCUGCUUACCCCAAUGCUGAGGUCUCCACUGUACAGGUGGAUGUCAGCAACUUGCACUCAGUGUUCCGGGCUUCCAAGGAGCUUAAGCAAAGGUUUCAGAGAUUAGACUAUGUAUAUCUAAAUGCAGGGAUCAUGCCCAAACCACAGCUCAAUGUCAAAGCACUUUUCUCUAGCCUCUUUUCAAGAAAAGUGAUUCACGUGUUCUCCACUGCGGAAGGACUGUUAACCCAGUGCGAAAAGGUCACUGCAGAUGGUCUCCAAGAGACGUUUGAAACUAACGUCUUUGGCCACUUUAUCCUGAUUCAGGAACUGGAAACCCUUCUGUGUCACAGUGAGAGCCCAUCUCGGGUCAUUUGGACGUCUUCUCGCAAUGCAAGGAAGUCCAACUUCAGCCUUGAGGACUUCCAGCACAGCAAAGGCCAGGAGCCCUACAGCUCUUCCAAAUAUGCUAUUGACCUUCUAAGCUUGGCUUUGAACAGAAACUUCAACCAACGGGGCCUGUAUUCCUGUGUGGUGUGUCCAGGGACAAUGAUGACGAAUUUGACAUAUGGGAUUCUACCUCCCCUUCUGUGGACACUGAUUAUGCCCUUUAUAUGGCUGCUUCGCUUUUUUGCUCAUGCUUUCACUUUGACACCAUUCAAUGGGACAGAAGCACUGGUAUGGCUUUUCCACCAAAAACCAGAGUCUCUCAAUCCUUUCAUCAAGUAUCUCAGUGCCACCACGGGGUUUGGAAGCAAUUAUGUAGUAACCCAAAAGAUGGACCUAGAUGAAGAUACUGCUGAAAAAUUUUAUCAGAGUUUACUGGACUUGGGAAGGCAUAUUAGGGUUACCAUUGAGAAAACAGAUAACCAGGGCUGAUGCUCUGGAUCUUUGUGCAUCUGCUGUGCUUCCUGGACCGUGCUGGUUUUUCUUGAGCUGGGUGACAUGCAUUUGUGGUGAACUAUGAACUCUGGUGGUCUGUUUCCCUUCCUUUAUUGUUUACCUUUAAGACUGUAGUGUGUGUAUGCACAUGAAGAAAAUAUUGACAAAACAAAAAAAAGAACAGUUAUUCUCCAGAAUGGUGUCACAUCAAAACUCUGCUGGAUCACACAACAGAGUAUCUGUUAGUGUAUGUUCUGCCAACUCAGCCCAAGCUAGGCUACAUGGACUGGGUGUGCUCUUGGGUGGCAGGGACCAACCCCGAUUUCAGGAUGUUGAGAGGCUGACACAGGCAGGGUCUUAAGGUGAGAACGACGUUGGCGAGGCGAUAUUCCAAAACUGGGGAAUAAAGGGCACAGGAGUGAGGAAGACAUGGGAGUAGGAGUUGGGUGCAAAUCUUCCUGCUCUGCCUUCAGCAGAGGUUUAUUUU